CAAGUGUACAAUUUGAUUGAGCGUAUUAUGUCUCUAGAUAUUUUUAAUUGACAUAGAAUUUUGUUUUAUAAUGUUGUUUCAAAUAUUCAUUAUUUUGUUAUUUACUCAAUCAAGUGUUAUUGUGUUUUAUUUUUUGUAUAAGGAGGGGGAUGAUGUAGGUACACAUUAAUCAGAGUAAUAAAUUAACUUCAUGAAUGAACAGAGAGUAUUGAGUAGCGUCCUGCGUUCCCACAUCAUUGCCCAAUACAAUUAACAAUAGAAAACAAUAGUUAUACUGUUCCUUGUAUGUGUCGGCGGCUGAGCCCGCCAGUUUUAUUUUAGUCGCAAAUACACCUUUAAAGAAAUCACAUGUUUUACUGUUCCAACCUUCUGACGUACGUUUUGUGGACUUAACAGUAAUAUACCUGAACAUAACGUAUAUCAAUAUAAUUACGUACAUCGGGUAUAUAAUAUUAACGUACAGGUCAUAAGGGCAAUUUAACGUGAUUUACGUUUAGUGGUGAUUUACUACCAUUUAAUAUCCUGGAGGUGACAGUAAUGGUUGUGAAUUUCUUUUUUAAAUUAUGGUAGGGCGGUGUGAAACGGGUGGAUGAUUGAUAGUUUCAGAUGGCAGCCAAUUAUUUGCACAUUUGGCCGAGGGGCACGUUUAUGAUGAUCGCCCUGCCCAACCAAGACUGCUCGUGGACCGUGACGUUGUUCAUGCCCUUCGAAAAAUUUAAGGAUUUGGAUACAGAAGAAAAGUUGUUAGCAUUCUUCGAGAAAUACUUCCCGGAUUCGAUACCAUUGAUCGGUAGAAAAAGGUUGAUUGAAGAUUUCUUUGGUGGAUCACCGUCGCCUUUGGUUGCAAUCAAGUGCCGUCCAUACAAUGUCGAUGAUAAAGCGCUCAUCAUUGGAGACGCCGCUCACGCAGUCGUGCCUUUCUAUGGUCAAGGCAUGAAUGCCGGUUUUGAGGACUGCACUAUCCUAGAUCAGCUCUUCCAGAAGUAUAACGAUAAUUUGGCUGAUAUCUUGAGCGAGUUCUCAGUUACUAGAUGGCCGGAUACUUAUGCAAUCAGCGACUUAGCUAUGUAUAAUUACAUAGAGAUGCGAGACCUAGUCACAAGGCCUUCGUAUCGUCUCCGAAAGGCAUUUGAUGACCUGAUGUUUUGGAUGUUCCCAAAUCUCUGGGUACCACUCUACAAUUCAGUAACCUUUUCCACGAUGCCUUACAGCCAGUGCGUUGAAAACCGUCGGUGGCAGAAUAAGAUUCUCUUCUCUCUAAUCGUAUUAAUGGUAUUCAUUAUGAUUUUCUAUGCAUUCAAGUAAGGAACGUAGGUACACUACUAUUUAAAAUUAUAGUAUUAUUCGUUUUGUCGUCUUACUAAAUAUUGCAUUGUGUUUUUAAUUUCUAAUAAGGAGCAGUUUUCUGAUUGAUUGUGAUUUAACACUUGUUCUAAGUACAUGUUGUAUUGCAAAGAAUGAAGUGUGUGCUAAAACCCUGAACUUUUUUUUUUAAUUUGUGAAAACCUACGAAUUAUUCUUCAUUAAGGUCUACAAUGUAGAGUAUGAAUUAUUCUACGAUUUUGCCCAAGUUAAUAUGUAUUGCUAGUAUUAUUCAUAGAUAUCAAGAUCGAGCACCUUAAUCGUUUAAACUUGGCACAAAAUCUCCGAUAGAGGACGUUGUCUCGCUCUGAACCGCGGUAUUGAUUGGUAAAAAAACUUUAUUAGUGCCUAGCCUAGUGUCAACUAUGACGAUCAUUACCUAAGUAAAUAAAACACCAGAUACUUCGUUAAAUAGGACGUUUAAUUCUUCCUUACAUCGUACACUACAUUUGAAUGAGUUUUACUACUAACUGACACAACAUAUUGAAAUACAACAUACUUAUACAACAUAUGAAAAGUGUGGUUGAAAAAUAU